GUUUUCGAGGGGUAAGAGUGUACAUACAAGAGUACGAGAGGGAGAAAGAGAGAGAGAGGGAGGAACAAGAACGACAACGACGACGACGAAAGCAACUACGACGACGACGACGACAACGACAACGACGACGACAACGACAACGACGACGACGACAACGACGACGACGACGACGACGACGACGACGACGACGACGACGUCGACGUCGAAGAGAAGGAGGAAGAGGAGAAGGUGGAGGAGGAGGCAGUGGCGGAGGCAACGUGACACGGUGGUGGUGCUGCCGCUGGUAAAGCUACUACCAGUAGAGGGGGACUCUCGAAGGGUGUUGGAGAAGAGGAGGAGGACCCUCGAAAGUGUCUCGUCUCUCUCCUAUCGUCCCAUCGUCCAGGGUAUCGCUUACGAAUGUCGCGCGAUCGAGCGUUCCGCCGGCGAUCUACGAGGAGCAGGACGAACGCUUAUCGUCGUCGCGUUUGCUCGCGGAAAGGGAUUCGCUGAUCCUACAAGAAUUUUUCGCGUCGGACCUAUAAAGAAUAAAGGACUAAUACGAGAAAGGAAGGCUAUACGCGCGUGACAUGCUCGAAGGAGAAGUCGUGGUGUCCGGUGCUCUGGUAGUAAUACUACCUUGGACCUGAGAUAAGUGAUAGAGAAUAAGGGACGAAUCGUUCGUCCUCUCCUUCUCUCUCUUUCUCUCUCUCUCUCUCUCUCUCUCUCUCUCUCUCUCUUUCUCUUUCUCUUUCUUCCUUCGACGAUAGACCAACAACGGAGAUAUAACGCCGUCAAUAAAGUAUUAGCGCGAAGAGUGUCCACGAGGAUGUCCGGCGAGACGGAGAUCGAAGUGUCGGUCGUGUCCGAGGAAGAUCUCGAGCUUGAAGGCUCACGAAGUAGUUCGACCCCGGCGGACUUGUUAAUUCAAGAGAAAAAUGGAAAAGGAAGCUGUGGACUAGCGCUUGGCAAUCAUCAUCGUCCCUUCAGCUUCGACGUUGGCAAGCCCGCCCUUCGGCCGGCUUGCAAUCCUCAAUACACGUCGUUCAGUAUUCAAAGUAUUCUCGGUAGGUCCGUCUCGCCACGGAGCGACUCGACCUCGAACGUCUCCUCCGCGGAAAGACGUUCGACCGACGUCGAGGUUGCCUCCUCGCCCGUCUCGCCGCCCAGUUCGAGGACGAACAAUCAAAGAAUCCCUCCGUCUUGUGCGAGCCCACCGAGAAUAAGCUCGCCCACGUCUCUUAGGCCAGCCGUCGGUCAUCAACGUGCAUCCGCCAGCAGUCAAAUCAUCGAAAACACGAGAAACGAUGCCGCCAGCAUUGGCGUUGGCUGUACAAGUCCACCUAGUCCUAAUGUCGCGGCAACUUUUUCGCCAACCACCAACGAUGCCGCGACAAAUCCCCUCUUGGGUCAUCAAGCGGCCGAUCUUGCCCAUGCCGUUGUCGAACAUGGACAUAUGCUUCAAAGAUUGGGCCUAAUGUCGACAUUGAUAAGCGCCCGAUAUCCCGUCGGUGUCUUCUUCCCGCCAACGUUGCAACAUCUUCAUCAGCAUCAGCAACAACAGCAGCAUCAGCAACAACAGCAACAACAACAGCAACAUCACUCGCGUCUAGCGACGGUCUCUUCGGCGCUGAGCAACGCCGUUCAAGUUGGUGGACAAGCGGCUGACAUCAGUGACGUCACAGCCGAGGCCAGCAUCAGAGGAGUUCUUCCUGGUGGACCGGCAGCUUGGCCGUUUCCAUGGAGGCCUGCUCAUGGAUUGCAAACGCUCGAACAUCCGUCGCCAGGCGACGUUGUUGGUGCUCUCAGCCGUGUCAGCCCUGCAUCCGCCUCCUUCCCGCAAAAGGACGAGCUGGAGGACGAGAACGGCGAGGACCGGCUGCACAGGACGAGGAGUUCAUCGAGCGGCGACGAGGCUCACGACGAGCUAGCCGACGGGGACGAUUGCCAAGAUGGCGACGGCGACGGCGACUCGACGAACGCAGGAUUACACGGUGGCGUGGGCGUUGGGUCGGCCGGUGGUGGAGGGGUCGGUGGAGGCGGAGGAGGAGGAGGAGGCGGUGGCGGCGGAAGUGGCGGCGGCGGGGGUACCGGUGGUCAGAGCAACGGAGUACAAGUUGGCCUAGACUCGCGGGAUUCCGGUAGCAUAAAGCGCAAGAAGAAGACGCGCACGGUGUUCUCGCGAUCGCAGGUCUUUCAAUUGGAAUCGACGUUCGACAUGAAACGCUAUCUGUCGUCGUCGGAACGGGCAGGUCUCGCUGCAUCCUUGAGAUUGACGGAGACUCAGGUGAAGAUCUGGUUCCAGAAUCGUCGCAACAAGUGGAAAAGACAAUUGGCCGCCGAAUUGGAGGCCGCAAAUAUGGCCCACGCUGCUCAGAGACUCGUCAGGGUGCCGAUACUCUAUCACGAAGCUUCCGCGGGUAGCGCUAGUUCGGCCGGAGUAUCCGUCUCGGUAACGGCACCGCCUCAACCACCAACGGCACCGUCCUCGGCCGUCUCCUCGGUGCUCUCGCAUUCCGUCGGCGUUGGCGUCGGCGUCGGGGUUGGCACUUCCUGUGCCCCGGUAGUCGGCCAAACUGCCCAACCGAUCUUCUAUUCUCAUCACCAUCAACACCAUCAUCAUCAUCCGGCUCACGUGCAGCCUCACGCCCUUUUACCCCAUCAAGUGCAUCCCCAACCACCCCCACCACCACCACCACCACCCAACGGGCAACCGACCCAAUCCUCCUCGCAAUAACACCGUCCGCUCUUCUGCCCGAUUACGAUCGUCUUCGACCGGCAGCAGCCUGCAGGAAUUAGCUUGAGAAACGACGACCACGACGAUCGCCUGAGGAAGGAGGAUCAAGAGGAAGAAGUGGAAAUAAGGGACGUGGACGAAGAGGAAGAAGACGUUCUCUCGGUGUCCAUCGACGAUGCUCGUCCUUCCGACGACCUCGACGUCGGAUGAGCGUGAUCAUUAUGUCAUAAAAGAAUGUACUGUCUCCCCUCUCUCUUUCUCUCUCACUCACUUUUUCUCUCUUUGUUCUCUCUCUCCCCUCUCUCUCUCUUCUCUCUCUCUCUCUCUCUGUCUCUCUUUCUCUCUCUCUCUCUUUCUCUCUCUCUCUCUUUAUCUCUCUUUCUCUCGCUCUCGCUCUCUUGGUUUCUUUCUUUGCUUCGCGGGCUCGGGACUUUUCGUGCAAACGUCGAUUUGAAGCUUCCUUCUCUUUCGACGUCCUCCAUGAGAGAGAGACAAAUCGGGAAAGAGGGAAGACGCAACUGCAACAUCGCAACGCUCUUUACAAAGUCUCUCCCUCGUGAGAGAGUAAAAAGGAGAUAGAGGGAGAAAGAAUGAGAGAAAAAGAGAGAGGGGAAGAAAGAGAGAGAGAGAGAGAGAGAGAAAGAAAGACCGAUAUACAUACAAAGUUGGCGUAUGUACGCGACUAUGUAUAUUAUCGGAAAAUUACGUCUCGGACGUAAUCUUGGGCUGUUCUCUCUCUCUGUUUGGGGCUACGACCUUAGCUACGUCCUAAGACACGGCCAGGGUUCCUACGAAUAUAUUCUACCUGUUGUGAUAAGUAUCCAAACGAUUGAUUUUAUUAAACGAAACGGUAGAGUUACGAAAACAACGAGUAACAUCUCCUUCUUAAUCUUCUUUUGCGAUCUUUUUUUUCUCUUCUUUUUUAUUUCUUUUUCGUUAAAUCUACGUUCGUUUAAUCUUACCCGCCAUUACCUUUGACAGAAAAUUAUAUAUGUCGUCGCACGACAUAAUAAGCGAUCUCUGCACGAGUCGUCAUCCAAAACAAAAAAAAAGAAAAAAAGAAAAAGAAAAAAUCCCAAGUUUACUUUCCUAUCUCCGAGCAUGAACACAAUAUCAACACAAUCCCGCUCUCGCGGGUAUCAAAAGAUAUUUACAGAUCGUUACAUGAUUCUUUAGGCUUUGAUUUUACGCAUGGAAAAAAAAGGAAAGAAAAAGAAAAGAAAAAAAAAAAGAGGGAAAAAAGAUAAGAAAGAAAGCGGAACAGCCCUAAGAAGAACGUCGAAGCCAACGUGCUUCGGCUUUGUUCGAAAAGAAACGUUGAACAAACUUCAAACCCAAUCCUCCUCGGUUUGUGUCUGCACAGAAAACGAUAUCACGAUUGACAGGAUGAAAUUGCAUAAUAUCUCUUCUAUAUCGUCCUCACGAAAAAUCAUUUUCUCAAGGCGAAGGGCUCCUUAUCGUUGCGACUGGGAUAAGAGAAAAUGAUUACAAUAAACGAGAGGUAGCUUGAUCUUAUUGUUUGACGCGAUGCGGUUUCGCGCUUUGCACGUAUCCGCCUUUCUUCGAUAUUCGUGAGCAAAAGGGAGAGAUAGAUAGAGAGAAAGAAAGCAUAGGAAAGAUAUAAAGUGAAAGAAAGAGAUAGAGAGAAUGUUUUGCCAUCAUCGACGUCGUCAUCGUCAUUUCGACGACUACCUUUACCGAAGCUCUUAGUUGCAACCACGAGGGAGAACGUACAACAAUGGCCGCUCGCUCUCUUUUCUUCCAUCGACGCGUUCUCUCGCGGCAUGUAUCUUCCCUCACUCUUUCUCUCUCUCUCUCUCUCUCUGCACACACACACACACACACACAUAUAUAUAUAUAUAUAUAUCUUUACCUCUCUCUCUUUUUCUCUACACAGUGUGUCUACACGAGACAUAUCUAUCCCGAGUAAGUACGCACAUCUAAGUAUGUAGGCGCAUUUCAAUCAUCCUUCUCAUACCCUGCCAUCGCACCUUCGACUCUUUUCCUCUCUGAUCUCUCUUUCUCUCUCUCUCUCUCUCUCUCUCUCUUGGAUAUUUUGUACAAGCCUUUCAUCCGUAAGUCUGACGUUUUCUUCUCACUCACUCACUCAUUUCUCAUGCUCUGUUUUAGUUUCGUUCGUUCUACAGCGUCACCCGAACCCGUCCACACGCGAUAAUCUUUUGUAAAGCACAGUGAGAAAGAGAGAGAGAGAGAGAGAGAGAGAGAGAGAGAAAGAGUUAUCGGUAUCGAAGGGUACACCACCGAUUCUCUCCGUUCUUUAUGUAUAUAUGUAUGUAUAUAUAUAUAUAUACAUAUAUAUAUAUAUAUAUAUAUAUAUAUAUGUCUUUAUCUACCUAUCCCCAAAGCCGUUUCAUUUACUCGACAAAUCGAUCGACCGACUGACGGCAGCCAGUCCGGCCAGUUCGAUCUAACUAUCCAUUUGUUUUUACGCCUCGUUCUCGUACACCUACCGUCGGACCACAAAAUUGUUGCCGAAACCACGGGACGAUAUGUCAAAGCCCAUUCUGCCAUUCGCUUCAAAGUCUAGAGCUGCGUUUUGAUUCGGACUCGGUCGCUCGUGAUCGCCGCGAUUCGAUUCGUCGAAUAAGGGUGGAACGGUGAAAAGAAGGGGAACUGAUUCGCCGACGGAUAAAAGGGAAAAACGAGAGAGCGAGAGAAAGAAAAAGAGAGAAUUGUCCGGAGAUCGAUCGAUUAGAUUACGUUUUUCCUUCGCGUUUAAUAUCCCAUAGAUUAGGUAUCCUUCGACGGUAAUAUAAUCCUCGUAAUAGCGAACAUUCAGGAUAAAAUUCUCGAGGUCCGUUGGUUACUUUUUCCUGGCUUCUUCAUCGACCAGUCAAGAAGUCGAAAUUUAAUGGCACGCGCGUAUCCCUUUCGCGCCAUAAGCUCUCUUCCUUUUUUCUUUUUUUUUUUUUUUUUUUUUCCCCAAUCAGUUUUUUCAUCAUCCCGGGUCGAUGCUUCGAACGAUUCGACGACCACAGUUGGUAAAACGAGUCGAUAACAAUUCGAAACAACUCUUUUUGUUUUUUAAAAUUGAUGGAAAGGUGAAGGGAGAGGCGGGUAAAAAUAUUCCACGCAAAAUACUCCCGGUGCCAUGCUCAGUAAAUAGAGAGUUAUUUCAUAUGAAAAUUGUUAUUGACGAUUCGAAUUAUUCGAUAUAGGUAUAUACGUGUUAUAUGUACCUACGUACAUUUUAUUACAUCCGGCGGAGCUCGCGUUGAUUAUUUUUAUCGUAUCUCGAAAGCUAGUACAUUCGACAAAAUGGCGGACAGAUACGGUCCGCCAUGUCAGGAUUUUUCGAAAAGGUAAAGAACCGAGAAGGAGCCGGUCGAUCGAUCGAAAGUAACGUGGACGAAAAGGAUGCAUUGUCGUCGACAAUCUGGAGUCGAAUUGCGUCGCUCCGCCCUCUUCCUACGUAUAGUAUCGCAAAGUAAUUUAACGCGUAGGGGACCAGAUUCUACCUCUCUCUCUCUCUCUCCUUCAUCCCUUUUUCUUCGUUCUACCGACCCAAUGUACGACGAUCGCGUUACAUUAACGAGUUUGCGCUAAAUCUACGAAUAAAGAAGGCAAAGGGAUCGAACUUUUCGACCCUUGUGAUUUUUCUUAGAAUCUCGACUAAACUCAUACGUAAAAAUCUCGACCAUUUGUUCAAGCAAUUUACAAGCGUGUUACUAUUUCAUUCGUUUAUUUCAUCGAUUAAAAUGAUUCUCUUGAGCUUUCGUCCGUCAGCAAAAGAGAAAAAGAAAGAGAGCGAGAGAGAGAGAGAGAGAGAGAGAAAAUAAGAGGGAGAAAAAAGGAACGAUAAAAAGUAAAAGAGAAAAAGGGUAGAGACGUUUUAAUCGGUCGCAUCGCGUUUAGUUUCUCGACGAGCAGCUAAUCGAGUUAAUUACCUAGCACGAUAAAGCACGACGAUGAUGAUGACGACUUCACGACAGCUGCAAGAAGAAAAAGGGCAAACGACGCAGAUGACGCCUCGUCAACCUCACUUUUCUCUAUCUUUUUCUCUCUAGAACAUACAUACAUACACACAUACACACACACACACACACACACGCGCGCACACACACGCACGCACAUGUACACGCUCGUUCUACUCUCUUUCUUUCCUUCUUUCAAACAACAAACUCACUCACACAAUUCGUAGUUCUUAUCACACGUUUUCGAUCCUUUCGUGACCGUUAUUAUUGCCUCCUCGGAAAGGUCCUGACCGAAUAAUUACUCUAAUGGAUAUACAACUUGUUUCUUUCUCUCUCUCUCUCUCUCUCUCUCGCUCUCUCUCUCUCUCUCUCUUUCUUUUUUUGGAAAAUCUAUCGGCGCUGCGCAAGGGUGGACGACGCGCACGCCAGCCUUGCGUUAGCCACCCCGAAAGCCACACCCCUACUCGAUAUGACGCGAUCUUCUCCACAAGACAAAACGAUUUGUCUCUGGUCUUACCUCGACUCGACAACAACGUCUGUUUUCCUUUCAUUCGAACACAAACAAAUCGUUUUUAAUCAUUUUCAUUUCGAUUCCUUUUUGCUUUUUCUUUCUUUUUCAUUUCUUUUCUUUUCUUUCGUUAUCGCUAAACUGUAAUCGAUAAUUUUUCUCGAUAUGUAUAUUUAUCCGUCCAAAAUUUUAUCACUAAAAAGCUUCUUUAAACCGAACUUUCCUCCUUUUGUUAAAGACUAGCUAAACAUAAUCGAUUGGAAAAAAAAAAUCCUAUUGGUAUUGCAUCAACGAAAGUGUAAAACGUUUAACAUGAUCCAGUUACGCGUCCCUCGACGUAAAUCGUAUAUGUGUGCGUAUAUAUAUACAUAUAUAUAUAUAUAAAUAUAUAUAUAUAUAUAUACACACACACACAAACACACACACAUAUAUAUAUAGCAUACUUCGAAGAAUGUGUAAUGAAAUAUAUAUUGUACAUACAUAAUACGGUAUAUGCCGAAUACGUAAUGCACAUAUACAUAUAUAUAUAUAUAUAUGUACAUAUUACACGGGGACAUCAUUUAUUUGACAAAUCUUUUAUUCCAUCGUCGUACGACACCUGUCAGCAUAUAAGCGAUCACGCACUUACUUAAAAAAAUAUGAUAAAGAAAAGAAGAGUAUAAGAAGAUAGCAAAACGAAACAAUAGAGAAACAAAAAAGGACAAAAGAAACAAAAGGAAACGGAAAAACAAACUCGUACAGUAAGAGCACAGUCAUGAGAUCUGAUUCCAACGAAUAAGAAGAGAAGGUUCAAAGGAAGCUCGAAGACUUUCGUGGAGGGUGGUUUCGGGGCCUUCGAUGAUCGAAGACCGACCCUGACACGACGACAAAGCAAACGUGCGAGAGUGAGACGGGGAAUUGAGAAAGAGAACGAAAAAGAGAGGGAGAAAGAGAGAGAAAGAGAGAUAAAGAGAGGGAGUCAAUGGGUAUAAGUACUAAGCACGUAACUAUGAAAGGAGCCGGGGGUUGCGAAUCGUCGCUAGAUUAAAAAGAGGCUCCCUUUUUCGCUUGCUCUUUUAUGCCCGUGCAGCAACGGCGCGCGCGCGCGCUCGCUCGCCUCUCCUCUCCGGCGGCCGCCGCAUCCUGCAUACUCACCCCAUCUUUACUCUCUCUCUCUCUCUCUCUCUCACACUCGUUUUCUCUCUCUCUCUCUCUCUCUCUCUCUCUUUCUUUCUUUCUAACUCGUACGUCGCUUUUUGCGUUCACCCGCGUACCAAUUCGCCUUCGAUAUUCUCGCGCUACACGUACCGUCGAUUCGAAAAAGCAAUUCGAGGAGUUGAAGGACGUAAAGAGGAACCCCUACGAGCCCUCCAACCAACCCAACCCUCCUUCCCCCGCUGCCGCUGCUAUUUCGAAUCUCCCACGUCGUAUCUUUAUUUAUGUAUCUAUGUAUAUAAUACCUAUGUGUGUGCGGAGAAACUCGAAUUGCGUUUAUCCUGUCGACUUCUUUUUCAUUCAUCUUCUUCGUUUCCUUCGUCUAUUUAUUUUUACAUUUUUUUUUUCUUCCUCUUCUUCCUUAGACUCACGCUCGAUAAUCCUCGAUCAUAAGAGGGGGAUCGAUAAUGGGUAUUAUACGGUCGAGUGUGUUCUUUCAAAAAAGGAACAGCGAUUAGGCCAAGUUUCUAUUUUGUCGAAACGAACUCGUUCAGAUGGAAGAGAUAGUAGGUACUUACUUACUUACUUACUUACUUACUUACCUACUUACUUAUUUACUUACAUACGUACGAGGAGAACUCAAGAGCUUUCGUACAUUUAAACGUCAACAAUACGCUCUUGUAAAACGAUCGAGAAAGAACGGUGAUAUGUAAGUACGAUACGAGUGUUUUCCAAAGAGUGUCAUAGAAGAGGUUUUUAUAUCGAGGACAUCGAUCUCCUCGAUUAAAUAGAAGAGAAAUGUCCAUAUUAUUUGGGUAAGUACGUAUUAAUUAUUAAUAAUAUUUAUUAUACAUUAUUUCUACGCGUUAGUCAAAUCGUUAUUAUUCUUAUUAUCUUUUCCUUUUUUCCUUCCCCUUUAAUUGCCUUUCAACAAACUAAAAAAAACAAUAAAGUGUUGAUUAAGAAGAGUCUUGGAAUAACAGUUAUACUCUGUCAAGCGUACAAGUAAUCUUGGAAUUAUCCGACGAAAAUUAAUUUUCUCGACGAGACAAAAGCACAUUAUCCCCUUAAUCGCAAGUACUCGUCCCUCCUCAACCUACCCCUCACCAUCGUUCAUCGCUACCUCCCCCUCCCACGUCCAUAUCACGUAUUACGUAUUUACUCAGUGUUCUUGCUUAUCCCGAACAAUGACGAAUUUUCACCACUACGGUAGAGAUCGACGAACGAAUCAACGUUUAAUCUUCCCCGCAUAGCUCUCGCGCGACGCAUUGUUCGCCGGAACGACGCGAAACGAUGAUUCCUUUAUCCAUUCCCGUGACUACACCUCCGAGCCCAUAUCCACCCCCGUGCCCAUCCAUUCCCAAAGCCAUUUUUGUGCGGUCGUGCAAUGAAUAAAAUCAGUCUCGACCCGGUCAAGUUAUAAUCGUUCGCUUUCCAUUGUUACCUUUUUGGUCCAGAAUUGUGAUGAUGAAGAGGUAGAGGGGAGAGGGGAAAGAGAGAGAGAGAGAGGGAAAGUGAGUGAGUGAGAGAGAGAGAGAGAGACACACGAGAGUAGGUAUAUGUUCGUUGGCAAAUGGAUGGAUGAACCUGAGCGAAAAAGGGUGCCUUUGAGCUGCCGAGUUCGUUCCUGCCAGAUUAAUUAACGAAGCACUCGCCCGAGGGCCGGAAAAGGAUCUGCGACUCCGAUAUCAGACUAGCUAGCUACCUACCUAAUAGAAUGAUAUUUCUGCCCACUUACCUGUCGGCUGGUUACUACUACCUUUGGAUUAUCGUCGAUCCUUCCUGUCGAUCUCGACGUUCGAUUUUCGAUUCUUUCCUAUCAAAUCGAAUCGUUUAUCAUCUCUCUCCCUUCCUCCCGCCCUUUCUCUAUCUCUCUCUCUCUCUCUCUCUCUCUCUCUCUCUCUCUCUCUCUCU